AUGAAGAAUUCACCACUUUAUAUUAAAUGUUUAUCCGAAGAAAGUGAAGUUGAACUUCAUUACAAAGUUCAUACGUCAAUAGAUAUUAUUGAAGAGAAGUUAAACACCGGGAAUAAAAUAACAGCCACUGACAGCAGAGAAUUAUUUUUAGGACUACUCCAUUUUACAGAUGAACAUAAAAUUUUCGGGUAUGCAACAAAUACCAAGGUCAAGUUUGUUGUUGUCUUGCAGACUCCAAGUACCACUGUUAGAGACAAUGAUGUCAGAAUGAUUUUCCGAAAACUUCACACGGCUUACUGUAAUGCUAUUUGCAAUCCAUUUUACAUUCCUGGGGAUCCUAUUGAAUCUAAGUCAUUUGACGCGACUGUAAAAGACAUAAUGGGAAUUUAA